AUGCAAGGAUAUCUAAGUGGACUUAAAGUUUUGAUUCAGCAAGAAAGUAGAUUAGCUCAUGCAAUUCAUUAUUUUGCUCAUCAACUUCAGUUGACUUUUGUUGGUGUAUCUAAAAAAUGUCUUCAAGUUGGAGAACUUGUAUUGUUGAUUUCCAAUGUAUUAAAUAUAGUAGGAGGUUCUUUUAAACGAAUAGAUGAACUUCGACAAGCUCAAGCAGAAAAAGUUCAAGAGGCGCUAGAUAUGAGCGAGAUUGAAACUGGUAAGAGCUUGAAUAAAGAACUUGGUCUUGCUAGAGCUACUAAUACCCUUUGGAUUUCACACUAUAAAUCAUUUAAGAACUUUAUUAGUAUGUUCAGUUCUAUUACUAAUGGCCUUGAUACUAUUGUUGUUGAUUCUGAAUCUGUUGAAGAAAAAGUUAGGGCAACAGGAUAUCUCAGAACUUGUCAAACGUUUGAGGUUGCUUUCAUAUUGCACGUAAUGAGAGAUAUUUUAGCAAUCACAAAUGAGCUUAAUGAAUCCUUACAGAAGAAAGAACAAGAUAUUACAAAUGUUGUUCUACUUGUUAAAGUGGUAAAAAGACGAUUGCAAAGAUCUCGACGAAGAGUUGCUAAUUAUACUAUUUCACAUCACUAUCGUGGGGAAGUAUUUUUUAAAAUUAUUGAUUGGCAACUUCAAAAACUCAAUGAUCGUUUUAAUAAGGUGAGAAAAUAUUUGCUUAUUGGGGUUGCUUGCUUGAAUCCUGUUGACUCAUUUGCUAAUUUUGACAUAAAUAAAAUAUUGAGAAUGACUGAAUUAUAUCCUGAUGAUUUUGAUGAAAAUAUAAUGGUUACUCUCAAGAAUCAAUUACAGACUUAUAUUAUUGAUGUUCGUGAUGUUAAUGAAAGGUUUUCUAAUCUAAAAGGACUUGGUAACCUUUCCGAGGAGCUAGUUAAGACAAAAAAAUAUUUUAAUUAUCCUCUUGUGUUUCGUCUUGUAAAGUUUGCAUUGCUUCUGCCGGUUGCCACUGCUACAGUUGAAAGAGCUUUUUCGGCAAUGAAGUUGAUCAAGAGUGAAUUGAGAAAUCGAUUGGAUGAUGAUUUCAUAAGCAGUUGGUCCAUUAAGGUGGCAGCACUCCCAACAGAGUUUUCUUUAUACGCAGGGUCGAACCUUCAACCUCUAGUUAAGGGUGGAACAGCCCCAUCCACUGCACCACAACACAUGUUGGUUCCAAAACGUACGUAG